CGCCUUCUUCACCCAAUUUCUCACGCCUCGCAGAGAAAGGAGACGUAUCGAUUCGACUCGAGGAACAAGUUCGGCGCUCAUGGCGUACGUCGAUCACGCCUUCUCCAUCUCCGACGAGGACAUCUUCAUGGGCGACUCCGGCCGUGCCAACCGCAACCGCCCCCCUGUCAAGGAGAUCGCCUUCGCCGUCUCUCUCCUCGUCUUCGGCUUCGUCGGCAUCGUCGUCGGCUCAAUCAUGGCCGCCGACCGCAUCGGCGGCGAUCGCGCCCACGGGGUUUUCUUUGCGAUACUGGGGUCGGUGCUGUUUCUGCCAGGGUUCUACUACACGAGGAUAGCUUAUUACGCGUACAAGGGUUAUAAAGGCUUCACCUUCGACAACAUUCCUACGGUCUGAAGGUGGUUCUGAAUCUUUCAAUCGUUAGGGAUUCGGCUCUGUAUGGCUUCUUCCCUGUAUAAAUUACUUACUCGAAGCUAUACUAAGUCUUUAUCUUCUCUUCUGGUUCCAUUUUAUAAUUGGUAUGCACAUCCUGGUCAGAUAUAAUGUCGAAAUGCUGUGGUUCCACAUUGUCAAAUAAAACACUCUUUAGCAUGUUAAAUACUUUAAGUCUGUUUGUUCGUCAAUCACAUGUUAGCAUUGAAUCAAAUCAAGCCUUUUAAGCACUA